CCCCCCCGCGGCGAGCAGGCGGCUCCGGCACGCGCCGCCCGCCCCGCCGGCGGCGGCGAUGUCGGGGAGGUCCCGGGCGGUGCUGGCCGCCUCCGCGCUGCUCUCCGCCGCCACCGUGACAGCCGUGCACCUCCAGCAGCGGCGGGAGCGGGAGAGGCUGCACCGUGGAGUUCUCAGAGAUCUGGAGCGUCAAAAUCAGAAAAAGGAGAAUAUUCGCCUGCUAGAAGAGCAGAUUGCUUUGACAAAGCAUCUUAUGGAAGAAAGAGAUAAGGCGCUAAUGGAAAAAGGGUCCCAGCAGUCCUAGGCAC